CGCACGUCUCGAGUUCGGGACGCUAUUCGCCACCAUCAGUAUCUUGCAUGGACUAGCUGUCACUGAGACUGAUUAAAACCCAUCGCCACGUAAGGCCCCGCUGCUGUCCGGUCAACCUUGCAUUGUGCGACGAUGACAAACACAGAGCAGCUCCCCACCUCAUCCAAGACUCUCGUUUUACGAAGAACCGUCGCUGUUGGAGGCUCCACACCCGCCUACCACGACGCUGCGCUUCAGGACAGGGCGAUACCUCCUCUGCAGAGAGGACAAGUCCUUGUCAAAAUAAACGCGGCGGGGUUCAACGCCCGAGAUCUAUGGUUGCGUCUCGGUCUGUAUGGGCCGGGCACGGAGUUCGAUAGUCCAUUGGGAGGAGAUGGCGCAGGUGUUGUCAUUGCUACCGCAGAUGCGGACGAUCCCCUCCUGAACCAGCGAGUAUUUCUUCUACCGAUGCGAGGCUGGGAAAAAGACCCUGACGCGCCCGAAUCCCCAGAGUUCUCCGUAAUAGGUGGUACGAAAGUGCAUGUCGGUACAUUCGCACAGUACGCCGUCGUCGACAGAAGCGACGUCAUACCUACGCCCGAGCAUCUGGACGACGUGCACGCUGCAGCAUGGCCAAUCAGCGGCUUGACAGCAUGGAGGUCUGCCGUUGUGUAUGGUAAAGUUCGGCAGGGCGACAACGUGCUCAUAACGGGCAUCGGUGGUGGCGUAGCGGUGGUGGCGCUGCAGAUCUGUCUUGCGCGCGGUGCAACCGUCUACGUCACGAGCAGCUCGGAUGAGAAUAUCCGCCGGGCGAUAGAACUCGGAGCCAAGGCAGGCGUGAACUACAAAGGCGAGGAUUGGAUUGACCAGAUUGCAAAGAAACUUGAGGAAAGCGGUUCCAAGACGGGGAGAACAGGGAAGGCACUCCUGAGCACGGUCAUAGACUGCGGGGGAGGAGACAUAAUGAUGAAGACAGGCCCGAUCCUCAAGAGUGGCGGGCGAGUCGUGUUGUACGCGAUGACCUCGCCGCCGUACCAGACGAUCUACACCCCGUACCAUUACUCGAGAUGUCAACAACUCUGCGGUGUCAUGAUGGGAUCCAGACAGGACCUCAUUGACGCGACCAACUUCAUUGCAGAGCACAGCGUUGUACCACACGUAUCUGUGGUACUUGAUGGGCUUGAGGAAGCUGAAGAGGGCUUUAAGCUAAUGAAAACACGGCAGAAAUUUGGCAAGAUUGUCAUGAAGAUUCAUCACGACAACGCGUCGGAAUAGCGGAGUCCCUGUUCAUAUGAUUCGCGAAUAUGUCGGAUGACAGAAAUGGCACAUCGCGGCCAGUGGACAUGGUGGCGAGGUUGGAGCAAUGUCGAGGGUUGAACAGUGUUGGGGAUCUGGAUGCAUGAGGGUGAGCCUCGCUGCUUCUGCGGUACAGUGCCACAUACGCGACCGUAGCGACGAUAAUCAAUGAAAGACCCUCGUAUUGCAUCAUACGUUUUCCUUGUGAUGACUGACGAAAAUAUUGUGAGCACAGUGCACACACAGAAUAACACAGAAGCAUAUCCGAGUCAAUAUUUUAGCACCUGCAACCGUCACGGGGCCCCCCGCUAAGCCUGAGACCUGGAUGUGUACUCGUCACUGUUCAAUAUCGAGCUUGCUAUACCAAGGAUAAUCGGAGAGGAAGUUUACGAGACUACGA